CGUCACGAUUGAACGCGUCUGUGGGACGGAGCUAACACACAAAGGAACGCCGUCUUUUCGUAUUUUCCGAAGGAACUUCAAUAACAAGGCGUUUGUGUUGUUGGGUUUUUUCAAUAAUAUGUAUGGAUGAGAUUUUCUUUGAGAGGUGGCGAUGUUGUCUAUACUUUUACUGCGGUUCUGAGCAGACCACUGUCACGGGACGAAUAGCUGUCUGUUGUGUUGCGGGGUUUUGUUCGUUGUUGUUGAACAGGACAGUGAGAGACAGAGAUAGAGGGACAGAAGGCAAUAUAUGAUGUCCAGGAAACCCCAAAAUCAAUUUCACUGAAGCUGUUCAGUUGACGGUGUAUUUGUAUGUGUGACGUUAUUGUACCCGACGUAACAGAUGGUGAAAUAAGAUGAAAUAAAUCACGUGAUAAUGAUCGACAGCGUCUGCAAACUGCCAUCUACCAGUACUUGACAAUGGGCGGGAACAAGGAAGACGGAAGCCACACCCCUAAAGAAAACCGACGCCCACUUCCGGUAAUUAAAGAAGUCGACUUUGACGACGAUAAAAACAAUGUCGAUGACAUUUUCACAGUGCCCUCGGAAUACGCGAAUGGCCGUCGUCGUAGUAGUAGUAGCGACUCGGUGUCCGCCCUGACGCGGUUGAAGGAGACGACGGCGAGGUUGAAGCUGACGACACGACGCGCGAGCUACAUCGCGUGGCAGGCGCAGUGUUUGGAGAAACCAGACUUCCCGCCCAGAGAGGAACUGGAAAAGGGCAAGCACGGGAAGUUAACUGCGGAGCGGAUGAAACGAAUGGACGACGCUAUUGACUGGUUGAGAAAUGAACUGGAGAUGAAGAUCCAAGACCAGACUCUAGCUCGACAGUUCCUCAUAAUUCGUAAUGACAUUCAGCAGCUCAAACUGAUCAAGAGCUGCGAGGCGCAUAAGGAAAUGCUUGAAGACGUUCACUCGGAAAUCGAGGAUUUGGAAUCAAUGGCGGGCGUCCUUGACCUUCCCACGAUAUGCAUCAAUGACAAUCCGCUGAAGCAUCUCGGUAUAACCCGGAUGAACAUAACCAGAAGACGAUUCUCCAUAUUUUAGAUUAUUUAUUUUUCAAUCCGAUUCCGUAUGUUUCUGAAGGAACGAGUUUUGGAACAGUACCUCAGGCAGACGAUUCAGUCUAUUUGCAUUACAUUUGAAUCUCAAGGAAAUGUUUUGGAACUGAAGUUUGUUAAAGAAACGAUUCAGGGCGUUUCGCGGACCAUUUUGUGACGAGUUCGGGUUCGUGGGUGGGUGGGAUGUGGGUGUCAAAACACCCAAAAAGACGAAAAAGAAUGAUCUUAAAUGGAAAGAACGAUUUAAUAUCAUGCAUUGACUAAUGUUUUUCUGUUCUCGACUCCGACUACACCCUCCUUUUUUUCUUCUUGUUGUUGGGGUGUUGUUGUUGUUGGGGGUUCUUUUUUUUUUUUUUUUUUUUUUUUUUUGUUUGGGGGGGGGGGGGGGGGGGGUCAGGGGAUUUGCGCCACAAACAUAUAACAUGGACAAGGACUUUAUUUUGACAUUACAAACAUAUAUAAAUAAUUAUUAGAUGAACCGGGAAGCUGCAGUUUUUCCAUUUCGGUAGGAGAAUAGUUGAGCUAUAUCGGUAUCACACGAGCCCAUGGUACACAGAACCUGCAAUAUCAGCCGGGUAAUCAUUCUCCAUAUGGGGUCAUACAGUCACUUAUAUUCUGUUGUUUAGAUUAAGUACAGCAAUGGACUGAGUUUGUAUCAUUAUUGUCUCAAUGAAAAGGUUCCGAUCAUGUCUCAGUUAAACUAUUCCAUCCAUUUCUGUUUCUUUUCACAUGAAUUGGUUUUUAGCAGCACGGUCCUAUUAGAAUGAGGGGCUUAUUGGUACUGCGCUCGCUUGAUGCGCGAUCGAUCUAGGAUCGAUUCCCGUCGGUGGGCCCAUUGGGCUAUUUCUCGUUCCAGCCAGUGCUCAACAACUGGUGUAAAAAAGGCCGUGAUAUGUACUGCCCUGUU